GGGCCGGGGCCGCUGACACGGGCCUCGCUCCCGGCAGAGACCAAGGUCUACGUGGGGAACCUGGGCACGGGCGCGGGCAAGGGCGAGCUGGAGAGGGCCUUCAGCUACUAUGGGCCGCUGCGAACGGUGUGGAUCGCGAGGAACCCGCCGGGGUUUGCCUUCGUGGAGUUUGAAGACCCGAGGGAUGCGGAGGACGCUGUCCGGGGACUCGAUGGCAAGGUGAUUUGUGGCUCCAGGGUCAGAGUGGAAGUGUCAACAGGGAUGCCUCGUCGCUCCCGCUAUGACAGGCCUCCGGCGCGGCGCCCCUUUGACCCUAAUGACAGAUGCUAUGAGUGUGGCGAGAAAGGCCACUAUGCUUACGAUUGUCAUCGCUAUAGUCGCCGGAGGAGGAGCAGGUCCCGGUCUCGAUCCCGUUCGAGGUCCCGAGGAAGGAGGUAUUCUCGGUCACGCAGUCGCAGUCGUGGUAGGAGGUCCAGGUCAGCUUCUUAUCGCAGGUCCCGGUCCGUUUCUCCUCGUAGGUCUAGAUCUGUCUCUCCCCGCCGGUCCCGAUCGGGUUCUUUGAAGAGAUCAAGGUCUAGAUCAAGAUCCAGGUCUAGAUCCAGAUCUGUUACAUGGCCACGGAGCAGGUCUAGGUCUCAUGGCAGAUCUAAAUCUGGCUCCCCGGCUAAGAGUCGAUCAAAGUCCCGAUCACCCUCUCCAAAGAGAAGUCGUUCACCGUCAGGAAGUCCUCAAAGAAGUGCAAGUCCUGAAAGAAUGGAUUAAAGUUAUGAACUUAAUCUUUUGGGAAGAAAGUUAUUUUGCUUACAUUAUAAUAAGGGAUUUUGUGGUGUCUUUGUAAAUGUAAGAAUGUAGAUAGAAGAGUAUAUCAACUAAACUUUGGCAUGAUCUGGGUCUUCUGAGUUAGUCGCACGAUAGACUAGCGCAGGCCUGUUUUUAUUGUAUGGAUUAACUUCCUGUGAUAUGAAAACGUGGGACUUUUUUAUUGGCACAUUGAAAUAAAAUGUGUAUUUUUAACUACAA